UCCCAUCCGUCACUUGAGAAUCCCUAGCUCUAAUAUGCUCGUCGAAGCGAGGUGGCCGCUAGUCAGAAACGAAAUACGUAUCAGUGUUUGCAUAUUUUUGCCUAAUUUCAGAUAUGAUGUCGAGCUAAAUAGAAGACAGUGAAUGUGUUGAAUGGACAAUAAAAUUAUUGGGAUAUAUAUUUUUCUUGACAAUGACAAUGAUAUUUGAUUUUUUGAAGAAAAUUUUUGGAUGGGCAGAUGAGCAAUCUAAAAAACGAAAAGCUUCCAGGGAUUAUAACUUUGAGAGAGAAUUUCAUACGCCAAAGAGGUUUAAAACCAGUUGCAACACGGUACGUUCCAUGGAAGAUUAUUUUGAUAUUGAUGACAGUGAUGACGAUGAUGAUGUUAUAUUCCUGAGCGAACAGAAAUGUUCUCCAACAAGACCAUGUGCCAAGUUGAAUGGCACUCACAAGAAACAACCAUCUCAUCAAUGUCAUGCAUCAGUUCCAUCUUCCGCUUAUAAAUCCACAUGCUCUCCAUUUAUGUCGCAUCAAUCAAUCAACAAUAAAUCUACUAUGGGCCAUUUAAUCAACCAUAAACACAGGAUACAAGAUCCUAGUCAUAAAUGUCUUACGUUAUGUAAAACAAAUCAGUUGAAAGAAAGACAUCAGUACGAAGAAUUGCUGCAUAAUUUCCUUCCAAAUAGGAUACAUAUAUUGAAACAUAAAUGUGCAGAACAUACUUAUAUGCAUAAGCCCAUAGUAAUCGAUUUGGAAAAACACGAGGAGGUUGUAACACCUAAUGAUAAGGUUCAACCUGUCACCACCAAUGCUCCUGUGCACUCCUGUACGGUGUACUCUAGCAGAGGCAACUUAUCGAGUUGUACUAGAAUAGACAAGGGAAAAGUUCCUACUUUAGAUUAUGGCAAGAAAGAUAUUACAUCGCAUUUACAAUCCUUCAAGAAGAUUACAAUCGAUAAGCCCAACAUCAGUACAGUAAAACCUGUUACUGUGCCGAAGUCGCCUGUUAAAGUCGUCGCAACUAAUUCCUUACGCGACGAGUUGGCCGCGAAAGCAGUCAUGAGGCAGGAUUUUAUCCCGCAAGUUGCCAAGAGAUAUAACGAGCGAAUCGAGCAGCGGCAUAGAGAGGCCGAAGAACUGAAAAAAAUGACAUGUGUGUUAUCAAAACACAAUAGAUAUGCGCGGGAAGCGGCUCUAGAAGAACAGUUAGCACGCUCUAUGAGACUAUGUCUAGCUGUUCUGGAUGACAGAGAAGAACCGGAAGAACCAGCAUUACCAGUGCUUACGGAUAAAAUGGUACAAGAAGUGAGAAAUGCUCUCAUACCUUGUCCACAAGAUGAGGUUCUCGCAGAAGGUUUUGGCCUGAGGAUCACAAGAAAGGACAUCCAUACAUUGGCUGGCUUAAAUUGGUUAAAUGACGAAGUGAUAAACUUCUAUAUGAACUUGUUGAUCGCCAGAGGCACGUCCUCCAAUAAAUACCCGAAGGUACAUGCCAUGAACACAUUUUUCUAUCCGAAAUUACUCUCAGGUGGACACUCAUCUCUGAGACGAUGGACCAGAAAGGUGGAUAUAUUUGCACAGGAUCUCGUGGUCGUGCCCAUACAUCUCGAUAUUCACUGGUGUAUGUCGAUAAUAGAUUUCCGGGACAAAUCAAUUCUUUAUUACGAUAGUAUGGGUGGCAAUAAUCCAAAGUGCCUGAUGGCACUAAAGCAGUAUCUACAAGAUGAAAGUCAGGACAAGAAGAAACAACCAUACGAUAUGAGCAACUGGACAUUGCAGUCUGCCAAAAAUAUUCCUCAACAAAUGAAUGGCAGUGAUUGUGGAAUGUUUUCCUGUAUGUUCGCCGAGUAUGUCUGCGCCAACAAGAAGAUAACUUUUACACAGGAUGAUAUGCCGUAUUUUAGGAACAAAAUGGUUUAUGAGAUACUGAAAGGUAAACUUUUGUAAAGGAAAGGAAGAGAUUAAUAUUAGGAAGCGCCUAUAUUUCCAAACAGAUCUGAUUCUAUAAAGAAUUAUCCGGAAAAAACCAGUAAUAAUUCAUUAAUAUAUUAAUCUUGAAAGGAGAAGACAAGUGAAAGUUACUCAAUUGAUUUUCCGUACUCUGGACCAAACUAAAAAAUAUUUAUUAGAGAUUU